AUGUCUGAAGCUGGAAGGGUUGAAGUUAACUGUCAAAAGGAAAUUGUUAUUGCUGCACAAGAAAGCAACAUUCCAGAUGUUGAUGCAACAACUGAUGAUCAGUCUAUCCUAGAAGCUCGUGAUCAAUCAAAGAUUGAUGACUAUGAAGGGUUUCUUGAUCUAGGAUUCAUACCAAAACUCAAUCCUCGAAAAAGGAAGGCUUCCCACUCAGGGGGAGCCUAUGACGCUAAAGCUGGAAGCUCAUCUGCUGCUGGUGAUCAUUCAACUCCUCCUCUUUCAAAGAAAAGCAAGUUCACCAUUGAUCUUAAUGCUUUAGAUGAAGAAUGGGAUAUAAAUGUUGAUGAAGUAAUAGAAAUCAUGAUAGAGAACAAUUUUUCUAUUCGUGAAAGAAAAGAAGCUAGGAAAGGAUAA